UUUCGUUGAUGCACUAGGAAGAGAGUUGUUUACAAAUACAAAACAAAACCGAAAGUUUUGCCAGAAAAUUGACGAAUGCAGCGGAAUUAUGAAGAAUACUAAAGGAUACAAUGAAUAUAUAAAAUACCGCUGAGUUAUAUUUUUACUGGUAGAUAAAGCUGAGCAGGUGCAGUGUCUGAAGUUACACAGAGGUGUUGGCCGUGGGCCGUCAGUGAGGCACAUGGCAGAUGAAAGCAACAAGCUGACACUGCGGCGCCUGGAGGCUCCAAUCCACAAGUUCAUUAAAGUGGCUCUGCCCACGGACCUGGAGAGACUGCAGAAACACCACAAUAACAUACUGAAGUAUCAACAGAGCCAGCAAUGGGACCGCCUGCAUCAGGAGCACAUCAACGCCAGCAGAACUGUUCAGCAGCUCAGGGCUAACAUCAGAGAGAUGGAGAAGCUCUGUGCCCGGGUCCGUGCCGAAGACGCCGAAGCUCUGGAAGCUCUUGUCAAGCCAGUCAGAGAGCGAGCAUCGACCGCCGCACGUGACUUUUUGCUUUUGCAUUCUAACCCUGUGCUUCAGCCCACACCACAAUCACCACCACCUGACGCUCAGUCAUCCAGCUGUGUGUCCAGCAGUUGCCAUGCUGACGACCAUGAGGCCAAGGAGCUGAUGUCUGACAGGCAAAUACAACUCCGCCUUCCAGAAAUUCCUGCAGAUCAGAGUGCAGCUGAAUCCUGGGAUAACCUGGAGGAGGAUCUGAAGAAACUGUGUGGUUUGGUGACAGAGUUCUCUCUGCUCGUCCAUUCCCAGCAGGAGAAGAUUGACAGCAUUGAGGACAACGUCAACACAGCCACUGCCAACGUGGUAGAGGGGACCAGGAGCCUGGGGAAGGCAGUGGGCUACAAGUUGGCAGUGCUGCCAGUUGCCGGGGCGCUGCUUGGUGGAGUAUUAGGAGGUCCACUUGGCCUGCUGGCGGGGUUCAAAGUUGCCGGAGUGGCUGCUGCUCUGGGAGGAGGCGCCCUGGGGUUCGCAGGUGGCCGCCUGGUCCAGAAACACCACAAAGCUCAAGUAAAUCUACAGAUGAAACAACUGACAGCACCACCACCACCAGAUGAGCCUCCAGAGUCCAGCAAGGACAAAUAAUGUGGUUAUUCCUCUGACCUCAGCUGGUGGUUAAUCACUGAAUCUCCUGUGUUGACUGACCAAUCGAAAGGACAAAUUAAACCCAGAGAUUCAGUAUUUGACUUAGCUUUGUCCAGUUGUAUUCCUGGUUCCAGGCACUGCUGCAAUACAGUGAUGUUUUAACAGCCAAAUGCCAUAAUGCACAACAGAGCAAAGCAGUGUACACUACAGCUGAUGGGUGUGUUUGGGUCAGCCUCAUAAAGCCUCUUAGCAAGUCUUUGGCACAAAGUAAGUUCUGUCAGUUGUUUGCCAUUUUAACUGUAAUUCUUAACGUCAUCAUUGUGCCUGUGUUUGGUCUUUGAGAACAGGAACUAUGUAAAGUUAUUAGUAUGCCGUCUUUCAUCUGACACUGGGCUCUAAAGCAAUACUGAUCUGACUGAGUGUUUGUUAGUACACAGUGGCGGUGUGGGUGGGGGCAAAAAGGAUUUGUCCCAUCAAACCUUCAAGUGAAAUUCACUUCUGAAACUUUUCGUGGGCACUUCAGUCAUACUCCGACCUGUCUGCAGCCGUCUCACUUUACCAGUGUAACGUUGCUGUUGCCUCCGUCUGACUUGAUGUACAACUAAGCACUUCCCGUGUGCGCAGUCGCUGGGCAACGCAGGAUGUAAACCCCACUAUACUAAGAGCAUUUACAGGGGCUGGUAGGUUUAAUGUAAACUAUAAUCAUGUAUGCAGCAAACAAGGUGCCAAUAUGAACUGUACUACUGAUAUGUGGAUAUUUGUUUGUCAAAUAUUGUUAUAUUAAUAAUGCAAAUUAAAGUGGCACAGCUUCAGAGUUUAUGUAAA